GGAUCAGGGUCAGAUGAAUUUCAGUCUGAAUGACGAAGGCAGUGUUUGCAAAUGAAGAGGACAGUAUGUGUGCAUGUGUGUGAGAGAGGACGAAUCAGGGAGUGCUAGAGAGAGAGCUUGGGGUGGGGGGGAUUGUGUGUGUGUACUGGGAGACAGAGAGGAAAUCCAGGCAGGAGGAGGAAGUGGACAUAAAGGGUGGAAGAAAAAGGGGGCAGGAGGAAAAAGACAAAACAAGGGGACCCUGAUAAAGAGGGAAGAUGGCUGAGCCUGAGCUGAAAUUACGGAGCAGCCGGGAGAGCGUUGCCAAGGCGUUGAGCCAGGAGAAGAUGGGGGCAGCUGACCAAGAUGAUCUGAUUGUAGAGCGCCCAGCGUCUCCAUCUACCCCCAUGGUACCUGCUCCCAGUGACACAGGCCCUGCGCUUGGCUCGCCUGCUAAAGAGAAGAUUGAGCUCAAACGCAGCAUCACUCUCUUCAAUGGUGUGGGAAUGAUCAUAGGCACCAUCAUCGGCUCUGGCAUUUUUGUCACCCCAACAGGUGUGAUCAAAGAGACCGGCUCAGCUGGGCUCUCCCUGAUCGUCUGGUCUGCCUGUGGCGUGAUCUCUACCAUGGGCGCCCUGUGCUACGCUGAGCUGGGCACAACCAUUACCAAGUCGGGGGGAGACUACACUUACAUCCUGGAGGUGUACGGUGAACUGGCGGCUUUUCUGAAGCUUUGGGUGGAGAUGCUCAUUAUCAGGCCUUCAUCACAGUAUGUGGUUUCGCUGGUGUUUGCUACCUAUCUUCUGAAACCUCUCUACCCAAACUGCAGCGUGCCUGACAGUGCAGCCAAGCUCAUUGCCUGCUUGUGUCUUACCUCGCUGACGUUUGUAAACUGCAUAAGCGUGAGAGCAGCCACCAAGGUGCAGGACCUGUUCACAGCCUCCAAAUUGCUGGCACUGAUCAUCAUCAUCCUCUUUGGCUUCAUCCAAAUUUCCACAGGUGAUGUGCCUUACCUGAAACCAGACAAGGCAUUUGAAGGGAGCAAACUGGGAGUGGACAACAUCGUCUUAGCUCUUUACAGUGGUCUCUUUGCUUUUGGAGGCUGGAAUUACCUGAAUUAUGUGACCGAGGAAAUGAUCAAUCCAGAGAGAAACUUGCCCUUGUCCAUCAUCAUAUCCAUGCCGAUAGUGACGGUGGUGUACGUUCUGACCAACCUGGCCUACUUCACCACCAUCUCUCCUGAAGUCAUGGUCGAGUCUGAGGCUGUUGCCGUGAGUUUUGGGGAGUACCAUCUUGGUGUGAUGUCCUGGUUGAUUCCUGUAUUUGUGGGACUGUCCUGCUUUGGGGCCGUCAACGGAUCCCUGUUCACCUCAGCACGGUUGUUCUAUGCUGGAGCUCGAGAGGGCCAACUCCCUGCUGCUCUGGGUUUGGUCCACACAGACCUGUUCACACCAGUGCCGUCUCUCAUCUUCACAUGUUUGCUGUCCAUGAUGUACGCUAUCUCCCAGGACAUCUUCUCUGUCAUCAAUCUCUUCAGCUUCUUCACCUGGCUGUGUGUUGGUAUGGCCAUUGCUGGCAUGCUCUGGCUGCGCUUUACCAAGCCCGACCUCAGAAGGCCAAUUAAGGUGUAUCUGUUCAUCCCUGUGACUUUCGUUUUGGGCUGUGUCUUCAUGAUUGUUGUGUCCUUCUGGGCAGCUCCCUUUGAGUGCCUGUUAGGCAGCGGCAUUAUUCUUACAGGCAUCCCGGCGUACCUACUGGGCUACAAGUGGAAAAAACCCCAUGUGAUCAAGAAUAUGCUGGAAAUCUUCACCAUGUUCUGUCAGAAGAUCUUCAUGUCUGUUCCUGAGGAGAGGGAGCAGCAAGAGGCGGAUGAAUAAUAAUGGACAGACUUAACAAGAUGGACUGUCAGUAUCUUUGCCUGAACAUUCUUAAUAUGUCUAUAUUAAUUCACUUGUGAUUUGGCUAAAACAGUUUUGUUAAAGGCAUAUUUUGUGAACACUACAAAAUGUUUAAAAAACUUGAAAAAUCUUCUUCUGGUUUAUGACAUUUUACAAGAAUGCUAGAACAUGCUCACAUAUUGCAUGUUAGUUAAUGGAAAAUCAUGCUCUGAUCUUAAAAUGUGAGUUUGUUGCAACUCAAAAUUGUUGCAGACGCAUUAUAAAUUGUGUGUUAAAAGCUGCAUACAAUAUACUGUAGUGGCCUAAAACACACAAUUUAAUUGUUCACCUAAAGUUUACAAAUGAGUGGCUUAGCAAGACAUUUGAUGAAAACUAACAACCAAACUUCACAUAUUUUACUAUAGUUUACAGUUUUAUAGAGUAUAAAAACUAACGACUUUUGAGUUAAAACUGAGCACUUUCUGUUACAGUCAGUGAUUUAUGGACUAAUUUAAAGUAAAAGACACAAGGAACACACGUAACUGACAGUGUACAGUGUAUAAAUAAGGUAAGGCUUGGAAGAGGAAACAGUUAACCAGCACUACACUGAUUACAUUAUACACAUUCACUACUAAUAUUUGUGGCAAUGAGAACUGAUUUCAAUAUUGGUAUUUUUUGUAUGCAUUUGUAAAAUUAAUCCACAGCACUAUCUGCAAGUACAAGCUAAAGUGAGGUAAAACAGUGUAUGUAAUGUUUCCUGAACAUGAGUUGCUGUAAGCAGGUCUCUGUCUUUAAUCAUGUUAUUCUCACAUCAAACUGUGUCGGAGUCAGCUCUCCAAAGGUCAUGUUAUUUGAUGAAAUGACAGUGGAUACAAGCAGUUGUUUGUGAGGCAUUUUUGUAAGAAACUGAAAACCUGCGAAGAUGUCCUUCUGGUUGUAUUUAGGAGACUCCAGUGUAGCGUUAGUGUUUUGUAUUGCUUAUGUCAUUAUUAUCUGUGCCAGCCAUGUCAGUGCUAAUAUUCCAGGUUUUCUUUGUUUCAUUGGCACUAUAAGACCAAAAAGAUUGUUGCAAAUUUAGUGACAUCAGCUUUGCUUUUAUAUUUUAUCGAUAAAAUCUUACUCUUAAACUGAAUAUUUGAGGUUUUUCCAAAGUUAUUGUAAGCACAUUCCCAGUCUACUCAAGAUCAGAGAGGAAGCGAAGAUGGGUCAGCCUCUACAGUCCAGGUUUUUCAGGACACUGCCGGGUCAACUUGAAAUGCAUACAGUAAAAUUGAAUAAUAAUGCAUAGACACAAAACA